CUAUGUCAAAAGAUAAAUGUUAUUCCAAGUACUUUUUAAAAGCUAAAUCAAAAUUACUCAGUCUUUGAAUCAUUCUCAAUUUGUAAGUAAGCAUGCAUAAAUAUGCUUUAAACAACGUUUUUUGCUGCUGUGGGGAUUUAAGAAAAGGAACUAUCGUAAUUGCUUGCAUUCACAUGAUUCUUGCAUUAUUCUUUUUGGCACGCCUAACAAUUUCCCUUGAAGACCCCAACUCGGGAUUAUUAACACUUUCGACAAUCUUGUUGUUAUCAUACAUGAUAUGCAACAAUGUCGUAUUUUUUAGAGCGGUGGAAUUAGAACAACCUAAUAAUAUGCUUAGCUGGUUAAUAUUAAACGGAUCUGUCUCAUUUAACGGAAUUUGGGUUUAUUCCGCAAUCGCAUAUACUCAUACAAUUUAUGCUUUAAUUUUGACAACGGUGUUUUGUAAGAUUUACUUUAAAUAUUACAAAAAAUACUUAACAAUUUUUUUUUUAGGUAUAUAUUUUUAUUGUGUAGUCGUUGUGUUUAGUUAUUAUUGGCACUUAAAAUAUGAUGCUGAUUAUGAUUAAUUGACAAUUAAUGUCAUUAUUUAAAUUCUAAAUUAAAAUUAAUAUGAUGGAUAUAUUGAAAUUAAA